GAUUUACUAACCGAGGAGGCGUGGGCUUGAUGACAGGAGGCGGGCGGGGAGCGCGCCGCGCCCUGAGCGUGUGUGGGAUCCAUGUGAGAAGCGUGAUGGGCCGCGGACUGGUGAGAACAGAGGUGGGGCGGGGGUGAGAGGCGCAGGUCAGCCAGGCUGCGAUUCGCGAUGGGAGAAUAAUCGGGCUGCGCACAUCUGGCCGGCACUUGCAGUCUCCUCUCAUUUAGAUUCCCGUAAUUUCCUCCUUUCGAUGAGGAAAGCCAGAACCGCAAUCCGUGCAGCUCAUCUCCGCACCCGACCGCCUCGCAGCCUGUGCCGUCCCACAGGUGUCCGCACGUACGGCCUUCCAUCCGUCCGUCCUUCUUGGGGCCGGCGCUGACCAUGCCCAGCGGCUGCCGCUGCCUGCAUCUCAUGUGCCUGCUGUGCGUCCUGGGGGCACCGGUUCUGCAUGCCGUAGCCGAUGACUGCAGCUCCCACUGUGACCUGACCCACGGCUGCUGUGCGCCUGACGGCUCCUGCAGGUGUGACCCAGGCUGGGAGGGGCUGCACUGUGAGCGCUGUGUGAGGAUGCCUGGCUGCCAGCAUGGUUCCUGCCACCAGCCCUGGCAGUGCAUCUGUCAUGGUGGCUGGGCGGGCAAGUUCUGUGACAAAGAUGAGCACAUCUGUACCACGCAGUCCCCCUGCCGGAAUGGAGGCCAGUGCGUAUAUGAUGGGGGCGGCGAGUACCACUGUGUGUGCCCACCAGGCUUCCACGGACGGGACUGUGAGCGCAAGACUGGACCCUGUGAGCAGGCAGGCUCCCCGUGCCAGAAUGGCGGCCAGUGCCAGGACGACCAGGGCUUUGCCCUCAACUUCACGUGCCGCUGCUUGGCAGGCUUUGUGGGUGCCCGCUGUGAGGUGAAUGUGGACGACUGUCUGAUGCGGCCUUGUGCUAACGGCGCCACCUGUCUGGAUGGCAUAAACCGCUUCUCCUGCCUCUGCCCCGAGGGCUUUGCUGGACGCUUCUGCACCAUCAACCUGGAUGACUGUGCCAGCCGCCCAUGCCAGAGGGGGGCCCGCUGUCGGGACCGGGUCCAUGACUUCGACUGUCUCUGUCCCAGCGGCUAUGGCGGCAAGACUUGUGAGCUCGUCUUACCCGGCCCAGCCCCUGCCACCAUGGCAGACAUACCCCUGGGGCCCACCUCGUCCAUGGUGGUGCCUGCCACGGGGCCUGUCCCCCACAGCGCAGGGGCUGGUCUGCUGCGCAUCUCAGUGAAGGAGGUGGUGCGUAGGCAAGAGGCCAGGCUGGGUGAGUCUAGCCUGGUGGCCGUGGUGGUGUUCGGGGCCCUCACUGCCACCCUGGUCCUGUCCACGGUGUUGCUGACCCUGAGGGCCUGGCGCCGGGGUGUCUGUCCCCCCGGACCCUGUUGCUACUCUGCACCGCACUACGCCCCAGCUCGCCAGGACCAAGAAUGUCAGGUCAGCAUGCUGCCUGCAGGGCUCCCCCUGCCACCUGACCUGCCCCCUGAGCCUGGAAAGACCACGGCACUGUGAUGGCGGUGGGGCUUUUGUGCCGCCUCCACCUCCUCUGUCCUUCAGACUGGAAUGGUCCUCACUUGCCACCCCUCAGCAGCUUCACACAAGAAAUAUUAUUUUUUUAAUACACAGAAUGUAAGAUGGGAAUCUUAUUCAAUAAAACUAUGAAGUUAUAA